UUCUUUCUCUUCUAGAUUGAAACACUGCCGUUGAAGUUUCUCUUUGUCUUCCUGUGUGAGCACUGUUGGUUUCCUCUACUACCAUUACUGUCAGUUUCCCUCUACCAUUUAACAGAAGCUUCGAAACCAGUUGUUUUCACGCCCUCAGUAGUGAGAAAAGAUGAGCGAGACAAGACCAGUGCCAAGGAGAGAGAGCCCAUGGGGAAUGCCAGAGGGUGAACAUCGUCAACCCAAAGCUCACAGAUGUAACGAUCGAGCUGAGGAUGUUAUCCAAGCUUGUUUUGAGGGGAACCCAUUUAAGACAGUUCCGGGGCCUUUUAAACUCUUUUGGAGGUGCAUGCGAUCGAAACCCGGAGAGGAACCAACAGAGCCAUACACUUAUUUGCAACUGGAUCCCCCAAAGAGAGAGGAGGUUAAACUUGAGUGAAAUCCUUUCGUACAAUCCUGCUAUAGCUGUUUGGUAUUAGCUUUUCUACUUCAAGCAAUUUUUAUUAUGGUACUAAGUAUCGUUUUUAGCCCAUGUUUAUAAUGUGGUGUGGCACUCAUAAAUUUUAGUCUUUUCUGAUUAAUAAUGAAACUCAUCGAGAGGACCGAGUUUAUUAUCA